AUGAUCCAUGCGGCUGCUCCCCAUUUUCUGUGGCCGUUUGCGGUCCAGUACGCUGUGCAUCAGCUCAACCUCUGGCCCCGUGUCUCCUUGCCGGAGACCUCGCCUACACUGCGUUGGACGGGGGAGGUUGGCGAUGCAUCGGCGGUCCGGGUCUGGGGCUCUCGUGCCUUUGUCCCCGACACCUCUGCGGACAAACUCUCCGCCCACGCCAUUCCCUGUGUCUUCCUUGGCUCUUUCCUUGACGCACCUAGCUGGCAGUUUUACCACUCCACAAUGCGCCGUGUCCUACACUCUCAGGACGUCACGUUUGACGAGUCGGUUCCCCUUUACCGUCUCUUCCCCUACCGCACUGCCCCUCUUCCCCCCCCUCCCCUGCCGCUCUUCCUCGCACCAGGUCCUCCUCCAGCAGACCUCCUCCCCCCUCAGGGUCCUGCUCCCUCAGGUGUGUCUCAGGUAGACCCACUCCCCUUGGCUGAGCCUGUCGAGGUAGCUGUCGACUCUGGUGCUGCUGGGGGGGGUGCUGCGUCUGGAGGUGCUGAGCCUGAGUGUGCGGAGCCUGGGGGUGCUGAGCUUGAGCGUGUGGAGCUUGGGGGUGCUGAACCUGGGGUUGCUGAGUUUGAGAAUCCUCUCUCUCCACUGCAGCUGCGCGAGUGGUUUGCUCGGCGCACCCGCCUUCAGAGUGGCGCGGCUGAAGCUGGGGGGGCUGCCGCUGGAGACACUGCCGCUGGAGGCACCGGAGCUAGAGGCGCUAGAGCUGCUGGUCCUGGAGGUGCUGGAAGUCUUGCUGGAGCUGGGGGUACCGGAGGUGCUGGGGCUGCUAGUCCUGGAGGUGCCGUGCUGGAGGUAUUGGAGCUGCCGGAGCUGGUGGUGCUGCUGGUGCUGGAGGUGCUGGUGGUCUUGCUGGAGGUGGAGGUACCGGAGGUGCUGGAGCUGCUGAACCUGGAGGUGCUCGUGCUGGAGGUACUAGAGCUGCCGGAGCUGGUGGUGCUGCUGGUGCUGGAGGUGCUGGAGGUGCUAGAGCUGCUGGAGCCGCUGGAGGUGGUGGAGCUGCUGGACCCGGAGGUGCUUGUACAUGAGGUACUAGAGCUGCUGGAGCUGGUGGUGCUGCACGCGCUGGAGCUGGAGAUUCUAGAGCUGCAGGCGCUGGAGCUGGAGACACUGGAGCUGGAGGUGCUGGCGCUGGGGGUGCUGGAACUUCCGGAACCAGAGUCUGACUUAGUUUGUGCUGCCAGUCCUACUGUCACACGUCUUCUAGCUAAUGUUGUCACUGACCCUUCGUUUGAGUCCACUGCUGCGUCUGCCCUGGUUACUGAGCUUGUUGACUUUGCUGCCGCCUGUCGUCUCGACUACGCCGCUAGUCUUGUUGCUGAGUCUGAGUCUGACUAUCCUCCGUGCGUCGGGGGUGAGUGUGCUCUCGGCACGGACGUCCUUGAGGAUAGGCAGGAGGACUUUGAGUGUCUUGCAGCUACUGUACCUCAUCUUGUGGCCAUGCUGCUUGCACCUGAGGGAGACCCAGAUGCACCAGACAUCCCAACCCCGCGCUCUUACGCAGAGGCAAUUACGGAUCCCUACUCCUCUCAGUGGCAGACAGCCAUGGAUGCAGCGAUGGUAUCCUCGAAGUCCACAGGCACUUACAUCGACGCAGUUCCCCCAUCCUGGGGCGAACAAUGUCGAUGGCAUGUGGAUUUUCAGGGUGAAGCGGUCGUCGGGUCCUCCACUUUCCUUCAAGGCUCGUUACGUCGCACAAUGCUUUAG